AAACUGUCUCUUUAAAGUGCUCCAGCCGGGAGCCACUACUGGGGUAAACUGACUUGUAACUAGAUAAGGUGUAAUAAGACUGCCCGUCCCUGACUGCCCGGAAGGAAAAUGAGCUGGUAUUGACAGAGAAGCAGGAAGUGUUUUGAGUUGUGAAAGUAAAAGUCAGCAUUCACGUGAAUCAGUCGACAGCUAUGGCAGCAAAGAGUUAUUUGCAGAAUCUCUACAACGAAGCAACCUGCCCACUCUGCCAGGACUAUUUCAAGAAUCCAGUGACCACACAGUGUGGCCACAACUUCUGCCAAGCCUGCCUGACCCAGUGCUGGGGAGAAUCUGCUACCGAGGGCUUCUGCCCUCUGUGCAGGCAAAAUGUCCAGCAAACCUGCCUCAUCCCAAGCAGGGUGCUGGCCAACAUUGCAGAAAAACUGGCAGCUGAGGAGAGCCAUCUUCAAGAAGGAAGAGAAGCAGAAGGAAAGUUGAGCAUCUGUGAAAAACACCAGGAGCCCUUUAAACUCUUCUGCAGGGAUGAUGAAACCCUCAUCUGUUUGGUGUGUGACAGAUCCAAGGAACACCGAGACCAUGAGGUGGUCCCCGUGGAAGAGGCGUCUGAGUACAAGGAUCGGAUGGUUAGCUGCCUCGACAAUCUGAAGAACAGGGAAGGAAACAUUGUCGAAGAACUGGCUGCUGAGAAGAGCAAUCUUCAAGAGGGAAGAGAAGCAGAAGGAAGGCCGAGAAUCUGUGAAAAACACCAGGAGCCCUUUAGGCUCUUCUGCAGGGAUGACGAAACCCUCGUCUGUUUGGUGUGCGACAGGUCCAAGGAACACCGACAUCACGACGUGGUCCCCAUGGAAGAGGCUUCAGACGAGUACAAGGAUCGGAUGGUUAGCUGCCUAGACAGUCUGAAGAACAGGAAAGCGAAAAUUUUGUCAUCUGAAGCAGACGUGGCUAAUGAAAGUCAAAAUAUGCUUAAACGAAUAGAAAUCAUGAGUCAAGACACGAAGGCAGAAGUAGAGGAGCUCUGCCAGAUUCUGGAUACAGAACAGAAGGUAUUCCUGGGUAGCCUGGAAGAGCAGAAGAUGGAGAUUUCAAGGAAAAGUAAGGAACAGCUGGACAGAUUAUCAGAGAAAUGCUCUUCUUUGGAGCAUCUCAUCCAGGAGAUGGAGGAGAAGUGUCAGCGGCCACCAAGUGAACUCUUGCAGGAUGUGAGAAGCACCUUAAACAGGUCAGUAGCUAUCACUCAUUUCCCUCUCUCUCUCUCUCUGUCUCUGUCUCUCAUCACAAACAUGCUUUUAAAAGGAAUUCAUCUGAGUAAAGCAAGCGUGACUUUGGAUCCAAAGACAGCUCAUCCCCGGCUUAUUAUCUCAAAGGAUCACAGACAUGUGAAGGUACAAGAGGCACGUCAAGAUUUACCCAACAACCCAGAGAGAUUUGACCAGUUCCCUAUCGUGCUGGGAAUGGAGAAGUUUUCCUCAGGCAGGCAUUACUGGGAUGUCCUUGUGGGACCCGAGGUGCAGUGGGCUGUGGGGGUGGCCAAGGCGUCUGUGAGGAGAAAAGGUGCGGUUGCUUUUGGUGCUGUUGAGGGGAUCUGGGUUAUAGGGAACUGGAGUUAUGGGUACCUGGCUCCUAACCACCCCGACUAUGACCUUGUGCCGGCGAAGAGGCACCUCAAGAAGAUCAAAGUGUUGCUGAAUUAUCAGGCAGGCCAGGUGGCGUUUUUUGAUGGGGAGCGAGCAGAGUUGCUUCACACCUACUCAGAAGCUGAAUUCUCUGGAGAACCUGUAUACCCUUUCUUUUGGCUAGACGAAAAAGCCCAGCUUGAGCUUCCUGUCAGCUGACCACCAUUUUAUGACAGGACCUUGCCGUUACGACUCUCCAAGCUGUAACACUCAGUCAAAAACAGUAAACAUUGGUUCAUCAAAAGCAAUCUACAGACUUUAAGAAAAAACUUAACCCAGUACUUUUUAGACUUUCUGUUGUCUCCUCUUAUUUUUGAUUAUGACAUAAUUGGGUUGAGAAAAUUUAUACUACUUCCUUCUCUUCAUGUUCUACAUGGCUGAAAAUAUGGUGGUACCUUAAAGACUGUUAUAUUUUAAUUUGAUCUUUAUUGGACAAGUCCAGUUCCUCAAAAGCUCACAUUAAAAUAUAGCAAUAUCUGUGGUGCCACACAUUUUUGUCUUCUUUAUUUUCCUUUUUUUUGUUUUGUUUGGCCUGAUAUUGCACAGACUAACACAGCUACCUCUUCUAAAACUACUAGAGGUUGGACACUGUCAUGGCUAUCUUGACUUCGGCUGUCACAGCUCUAAACAAGGACUCAUGUUGUGUUGCACCCAAACCAGAUUCUCCUGCCAGUAAGAUUUUUUUGCUUCCUGUAUUUCUUUUGCCAUUUAUUUUACCUUGCCUAGAGGAAGUUGUUGCUAAGCAGAGGGGGGAAAUCUCUAUUGAGUAAUCCGCCAGAAUGUUUUAGUUCUGUUUUAAAUGUCUAUUACUCAGUUUGAUUUGUUAAUGUAAUGCAUUUGAUUA